AUGGACAAGCCCAGGAUCACUGGGAAUUCCGUGAGCGUCUCUACCAACGUGCUGAUGCUGACCUCUCAACCCACACGGCUUACACCUGACAACAUCACCACUGCGGCUAAGAUUGUCACUCAACUCCUGAACUCCACCCCUACCGAGGAAGUUGCGGUUGCCGCGGUAGCCACCGUUAGCCAGCUGCUGAGCGCCAACAUCCCUGACGUGGGCACCGUGAACAGCAGUGCCACAAACAGUCUGACAUCCGAACUGGCGAGCUUCUCCUUGCAGCAGAAGGAAGGCGUAUCCCUGCUGGUGCAGCCCAACCUGGUGGUGCAGUCUGUAGGAGGGCUGGGAGCCUCUCGCGGUGUGGAGUUUUUAGCGCAGACUGGAUUGUCUGACCAGUUUGUGGCCGACAGAAUUCACCUCAACACCAGCACCUCCCAGCUCAGCAACGACCACACGUCUGCUUUAAGUGUGCAGAUCCUCAUCCAGCUUCAGCCAGGUGCAUCUCGGGAGGAUGAAUCGGUAGGUUUUGUGCUCUAUCAGAAUGACCUGCUGUUCCAGUCUGUGAAGUUCAAGGCCCCCCUGGGCACCACCAGGCGGGUCAUCUCUGCCUCCUUGACCAAUGGAGGGAGGCUUGGUCUCGUAGAACUGCGCUUCAGGCCCACAGUAAGACAUCCCUCUGCCGUUCCCUGCUCACCCUGCCUCUCCCUGAUGUCGCUGUCGCUCGGUCGGUCACAGAAUGCGACCGGCGCUGUGCUCCACGACUUCGCCUGCGUGUUCUGGGACUACGCCGCGAGCGACUGGAGCACGGCGGGAUGCAGGAAAAAUGGCAGCUCCAACACCAGCCUGGGCUGCGUCUGCGACCACACCACCAACUUCGCUGUGCUGAUGUCCUUCAGGAAUAAUUAUGCCUACACUGAAGCCUUGAACUGGAUCAGCAUUCUGGGAUGCUCACUGUCUGUCGCUGGGGCCAGCGUCACGAUAAUAUUCCAGAUCCUCACCAGGAGGUCACGUAAGGCCAACGUCACGCUGCUCUUGGUGAGCAUCUGUUUCUCCCUGCUGGUCUUCUACCUCCUUUUCCUGCUUGGGAUCAACAACCACCCGCCAAAUUCCCCGGGGGCAAAUGAGCCCAACGUGGCCCUCCCCUCGGACGAGCACGAGGAGCGCGACUCUGGCGUCUGCACCGCCGUCGCGGCGCUGCUCCACUACUUCCUGCUGGCCACCUUCGCCUGGAACACGCUCUACGCCACGCAGAUAUUCCUCCUGGUCCUCCGCCCCCUCGCGCAGAACGACCGCCCUUUCACCAUCGCCGCCCUGGUGGCUGGCUGGGGUUUCCCUGCAGCAGUUGUAGCUGUAACACUGGGAGCCACAUACACACCACAGCACCCACUGAACUAUCGGCAGGAGGAAUUCUGCUGGCUGGCUGCCCUGGACAAAGAGAAGAGGCUGGACUUGAGGAAGCCCAUGCUGUGGGGGUUCCUGCUUCCCGUCGCUCUGAUGCUGCUUUAUAACUGUGUGAUUUACGUGUACUUCACAGUGGAGACCUGCAGGACAAACCCAACGCUGCGAAGCACAAGGAUAAGUUCUCCUGUGAAGAAGGUACUGAGCAGCCUUUCUCUGAGUGUAGUAUUGGGGCUCUCCUGGGUCCUGGGGUAUCUGCUGCUGAUCGACACCGCGAGCAGCAACAACGUCGUCGGCAUCAUCUUCUGCGUUUUAACCACCACCCAGGGCCUGCAGAUCUUCUUCCUCUUCACGGCCAGGACGUCCGCUUUCAAGAAGAAGCUUUCCGAGCUGCUGCAGCUCAUCCCGGUCCCCGAGAUCGCCCUGCACCACCGGAAAUUCGUCCUGUGGAAAGGCUCGCGGGACAAAACCUCCGAGUCAUACACGACAAUGUCGACCAGCCAGUUCUGA